CUCUACUUUUGAUUUCAAUAUGGUGUCAUGUUGACAGAAAAUGCGCACACAAAAUGUGCAUAAUGGUCUUUAGACUUGAGCAUUAAUGCUACAGGAUUAGAUGUAGACAUUCCUUGUCAGACAGCUUCUUUUAAACAUGGCUUGUCAAAUUUUGACCCAACUCCAUGGACUCCAUUCCAUUUUUGCCAGCAAGGUCACGCACCUGCAAGUGCUGAACAACUGCAACUUUGCGUAUAGUAUUAUAAGAACGUAUGGUAGCGAACAAUUUCAACCCAAGAAAGCUGUGAUUUUGAAGAAAAUGACUAGAUAUGAAUUUGAGAAAACAGUACACAAAGGAUCAACCGAGGAGGAACUUAAACAUUAUCUAGAAGGGAAACGAUCUGAUUACAAUGGACUUCGAAGCCGCCAUGAAAACCACUGUAGAAGUAUUGACAGCAUCACAAAGUCUUUGGUGAAUCACGGAAUAGAAACAAAAGUUGUUUCACGUCACCAGUUCACUCCAGAGCUGAUUCGGUGGGCUGAUGUUUUAUUCACAGCUGGAGGAGAUGGCACAUACUUGUUAGCUGCAAGCAAAGUAACAGACAAAAACAAACCACUAAUUGGAAUUAACACUGACCCCUCCAGGUCAGAGGGGUGUCUUUGUCUGCCUAAAGAGAAGUAUUCUGGGGCCAGAUUUGAACAUGCUUUAAAGAGACUUCUAGAAGGAAAAUUUAGGUGGAAACGCCGCCAAAGAAUUCGCAUUACUAUGUCCGGAAUACAUGAAAACGAUGAACCAAUAGAACUUCAUGAUCAACAGCUACAGUUCUAUGAACACCGAUUUUCAGAACAUGUUAUGGAAAGUGAAACAUACCGACAAAAUGUUAAUGUUACUGAGAAUGCCAGUAGUCCAAGAAUUUUGCCAGUGCUUGCUCUCAAUGAGGUCUUUAUCGGAGAGAGCUUGUCCUCCAGAGUCUCAUACUAUGAAAUAAAAGUUGAUGAUCAUCCCAGUGAGAAGCACAAGAGUUCUGGAAUUGCCAUUUGCACAGGCACUGGGUCGACAUCAUGGUUUUACCAUAUAAACAACCUCCCUCAGCAAGCUAUAAAGACCGUACUGGGAUAUGCCAGUGAUCUAAUGCCUGGUAAACAUGUGAAUUUGUUGGAUCCAAAUUUGAUCUACAAAGUCACCCAAAAAUACAAUGAUUCCUUGAAGUUUGAUCCUAGUGAACCAAAAAUGGCCUUUACAACCAGGGACCCUGUCAGAAAUGGUGUUUUUCAAGUGGGACAUCCGAAUGGAUUUGCCAAAAAGAUUGAGAUCUGUUCUCGUAUGUGGGAUGCUUGUUUAGUUGUGGAUGGUGGGUCUUCAUUUAAGUUUAACGAUGGAGCCGUCGCAACACUAGAAAUCAAAGAAGAGGAUGCUCUAAAGACAGUAGUGUUCGACUAAUGGCUAGGAAUUCCUGUGAUAUUCAGCAUUAAUAUGAUAUUUCAUUUAUUGAAUUACCUUUAUAUGACAUGUUUUUUAGUUGGUUACCCGCCAGCAUCAUUUUGAUCUUUGUUUAUUGUUUUUUUUCCCUUUGUAGUCAGGUUUGGGAACAGUUAUACAAGUACUGCGUAUAACAAUUGACAAUCUCUUAUAUAAGUCAUGACUGUUUUUAAUUGAUUUACAUGUUUUAAUGUAGAAUUACUUUAACAUGAAGUGUAUGUAUGAACAUCAUUAUCUAUUGUUUUCACCUUUUAAGAUUGUAUGGGACACCUCCAUGUUGUACUGUUUAUCAAAAUAAACAAUAAAAUCAAGUGUAAUUUUAGAAAUAGUUUCCUUCCCAAAAUUGUCACCUAAGAGCGUAGCGCAGUGGGUGAGAGGGUCCACUACGAAUCUGUAAGUCAUGAGUUCGAGUCCCAAUGGGUAUUUUAAUUUUUUUACCUUUCCAAAAUUUUUUAAAACAUAUUAUUUGGUUAAAUAUUGUAAAUUUUGAAAAUUCCAAACUGGUGAAAGUAUUACCACUAUAAUGUAAUUAAAUCCACAUUAAUAUCGACAGAUGUCUCAUACCAUCUUAACUGUUGCUUUAAACAAAUGUAACUUCUACCAUUGUCAUCGAUAUACCAUUUCAAGUUUAUUGUUUGUGUUGUUUUUGAGUAUCAAUUUUAAAACUGGGGAUUUAAAAAUUUUUGCCUUUCCACAAAUUUUUAAAAUGUAUUUUUUGUUAAAUAUUUUAAGAUUUGAAAAUUCUAAAUCAGUGAAAGUAUCCUUAUUAUAAUUUACUUUAUUCUACAUUAAUAUUGACAGAUGUCCCAUACCACCAUAAAUCACCCAGGUGCCUAUAGUAUGUCAAUUUUAUUUUAUUUUAACUAAAACUUUAUUCCAUUUAAAACCAACAUUUUUUCAAAGAAUUGUUCUAAAAAAAUUUUGAAUAGAUAGAUGCUGAGUUUUUUUAGGCUUUGUAGCUUACAUGUAUUUUUGAAAUAUCAUUUUGGCCUCCAUUUCUGAGCUUGCAUCCUUCAACAGUUAAAUGAUACAGCAUCGAAAUUUUAUAUACUGGUACAUGUUGCAAUACAGCACCUAUCAAAAUUUUAUAUAGGUGUUGCAUUUGAUAAACUGUCAUAAUUUUGGCAUGUGAGUUUACAUCUAUACUCUGCUGGUCUAUGAAUGAGUUUACAUUGUAUUGCUAAGAGGGCUCCAGAACAAGGUUUUUAGGGUAUUUUUGUAUGUUCUUUGUUAUCUGCAGCAGUAUUUGUAUACACCUUACAUGUUGGGCAAGAACAACAAAAUUCAGGAUAUAGGUCCCUCCAAAAAUGAAAAUCAAAGUAAAAAAGAUUUAACAUGAUUUUAAUAGUCUAGACAAGUUAAACUGUAAUGAACUAGAAUUUUAUAAUGUAAUUUUGUACAUUUAUGUUUUGCUACAUUUUGUAUGUUUUUACAUUUAAAAUGUUUAAUACAUUAACCACAUUCAAUUUUGUGUUUCACAUGGAUUUCAAUGCAUGUAUGAAUGUUCACUUGUAUGCUGAUGGAACCUCAAAUACAGUCAGUGUCUAUUUUUACAUUGAGAAUUAAAAUGCAGUAUCUUCAA